UCAACUUUACCUGUCAAGCGAUUCACUCUGAAAUCAUGGCCAAGGACAUGACUCUGCUGUGGGGCUCCGGAUCUCCUCCCUGCUGGAGGAUAAUGAUCACUCUGGAGGAGAAGAACCUGCAAGGAUACAACCAAAAACUGCUCUCCUUUGAGAAGGGGGAGCACAAGUCAAAAGAAGUCAUGGAGAUCAACCCCAGGGGUCAGCUUCCUGCCUUCAAAUGUGGGGAUGUACCCCUCAACGAGUCCUGUGCUGCAUGCUUUCAUCUGGAGUGCAAGUACAAGACGCAGGGAACCAAGCUGAUCCCCGACUGCGAGGUUGGGAGAGCGCAGAUAUUGCAGCGUGUGUUUGAGGUUAACGCGCUCACUGAGAAAUCAUCAAUUGUUCUCUACUACAACUGGAUGGUCCCAGAGGGAGAGAGACACGACUCUGCCGUUAAGAGAAACAAAGAGGCUCUGACCGCUGAGUUGAAGCUGUGGGAGGGAUACCUGCAG